AUGUCCAGCUCCUCCGCCGCCGAGACCAUCAACGCCUACGGGCCCAUCUCCUCCCCCCACAUCGUCUUCUCCGACAUCUUCAGCAGCUCGCGCCGCAACUCCAUGGCCUCGCACGCCACCGACUCGCGCAAGAACAGCGCCUCGGAGCCUGCCGCCGCCGCCGCGCCCAAGCACCACCACAAGAGCAACAAGAAGGCCCUCAAGGUCCCCACGCUCAUCAUGCCCUCCAUCCGCUGGGGGUGA